CUAAAGUCUUAAACCCUCGGAAAAACUCCAUGUCCCGUUUUCCUGUUUUGUUUAAGCAAUUUUCGUGAUCUAACACUCCACUCUAAAUGUUUACCUGAAGAAGAACCAGAAGAAGAUGAUGCAUCUCAAACGAUUUCAGUUUGUUCGCACGCUUUACCGUGCUUCUUCUUCUUCUUCCUCCUCCUCAUACCUGCUCGGUAGUAGCUGCAGGAGCUAUUCCAGUGCUCUAUCCGUUCUGAGCGUAGUUUUAGGAGCUUCUAUCCUCAUUUGUAUAAUGGAUACAAUGAAUUUUCCUUGGCUAGUGUUAAGGCUUUGACUCUCAGGUCUACAAUGGCUGCGGAGUUGUCUCUUUUCAUGAACGAUAAGAGGCUUUUAUCAACUCAAGUAAAAAGCGCUCCCCCUCAUGCAAGACCAGUGGGACAACAAAUAGCAUUAACGAGCCCUGGAUUUGUCUAUGAACCUUACAAACCUCGUGAAAAAAUCCCACUUUGGAAGAGAUUGUUCACUAGAACUGGUUGGAGAAGAACUAAAGAAGACAUGAUUCUGGAGGUAAUGAUGCUCAUCACUUAUGUAUCUGGUUGCAUAAAUUAUUUCCGCUCUUUAGAGCCUAUGUAUAGAAAACAGAAAUUCUACAAUGAGGUUGCCAAUAUCUACAAGGAGUUAAACACUCUAAUAGCUAAUGGUGACAAAAAGACGUUAAGGAAAGUAGUUACGGAGAAUAUGUUUUCUGCACUAAAGAAUGAAAUUAAGCAAAGAGAAUCUGUGUGGAGCAAGGUAUACUGGGAAAUGGUUCAGCCUGUUGUGAGCAUACGAACAUUGCGUGCUCGUUUGAUUGGUGUCGAUAGAAAAGACCAUGAUAAAGUAUUUAUUCAGCUUACUCUAGAGAUUAUGGCUAAGCAGAAGUUUGAGGCAUACGACUCAAAAGGUGCUGUUGUAGCUGGUGAUAAAAAUAAGGAGGUUCUUGUCUGUGAUAUAUGGGUUUUUGAGAAGUCUCUAUUUCACAAAGGAUCAUAUUGGCGUGUUUGUGGACGAUUAUCUACAAAAGCAUCAUAGCUAUAUUCUAGCCAUUCCAAUGUUGUAACUCAUGAGUCCUGCCUGAACUGAAUUCUUAUAUUGAUUUCAUGAAUAAAACUAUGUAUAGGUGUAAACCUAUCCAAAUUUUGUUCAUUCAACAGAAUUCAUUUCAAGACUUCUAUUUAUUUAUUUAUCAUUUUUAAUUUUUCUA